UUGGUUGAUUCAAACGAUGAUGGAACAGUCGCCCAGGAACUGGAACUGGAGCAAAUGAGGAGUACAUUGGAUGAGGCAAUUUUGGAAACGCGCAGUACGCCUCUCGAAAAUCAACCGCGACUUCCCCGCAUAGCCCUCAGCAAGCGGAAUCGGGCUAUCGUGAGGGCUCUGAACCCAAUGCUGGUGACCUAUUUGGAAGCCAGCCGGGACCUUUGCGAGACGGACUCAAUUCUCUUAGGCGCUGCACUGGCAGUCUGCCGUAUUAUAGGCGCCAAACUUUCCACGGCUGGACGCAUUACUGGACAAAGUAGUGCUAUCCCAGCCUUGAGAACAAGAAUUGAAGAACGUAUCGCAAAGGCUAGGGCCCUCAUCGGCAGACUGAUAUGCUUCAGGUCAGGCAAUACCAAGCCAAGGAUUGUGCGCACCGUCAGGAUGGCGUUUGCUGGAUAUAAUGCAAAAACUGACGGAGCGCAUAGACGACCUGAAGCCGAGAAUCGCUGCUUGGGGAAAGCGGAUUCGGCGAUAUACCGAGAGGUCGACACGGUUCAACUAGAAUCGUCUCUUCCAGAGUGA